UUCCGGGCAGCUUUGAGCCCCGGCACCACUCUUUUCCUUUUUAAAAAUUCCUUCUCUCUAUUAAUAUUUUGGAAAUUAAGGGAGGAGAAUAAAGCAGCUCAAGUUGCAUUGAUUUGCGACAUCAGUAAAGUGUGCCGACUCCUUUCCUGCAGUAUUUUUCCUUUGCAAGACCCGAACAUUUCCAACAGGGUUCUGCAGAAAGCUUUCCAACUGGACCAGUUGAGGAUUUUGCCUACCUGAUUGGAAGCUGUUUUUAAAAAGUCUAAAUAAGUAGACACAUAACCCAAUCUGAGAAUGAGGAGGAAAAUGACAGCCAAGCGGAAUAUGGUGGCCCAGUACCUCCAGUGUCCGGCUCCACCGGAGCAGCGAACGCAACCCCUGGUGAAAGUGGAGAAAGAGCCAGAGCCACCCGGUUCCGAUUCGGUGGGUGUAUUGGAAGGCUCUGUAAAAACCUACCGCAUUGUUCCGGUUGGAAGUACUGGAGGCGGCUUAAAACUUGUGACACCUCAACAGACUCGGAGCGAACGACUGGAGACAUCCCAGCGCUGGGAAAUCCAGGGCCAGGAGUUACCAACUCCGGACCUGACGCCCGUGCAAUCGCCCGCCUGGCGCAACCUGCAGGUACCCGAGCUGACGCUGACGGAGGAUGUCGAGACCUACUUGGCAACCUUUGAGGAUGUGGCAGAGGCCUGCAAGUGGCCCAGGGAGCAAUGGGUGACUCGGCUCGUGCCGGCCCUCAAUGGAACCGCGCUCCAUGCCUACAACAGCUUGGAUCCCAGAGAAAGCGGGGACUAUGCAAAGGUCAAGGCGACUAUCUUGCGAGAAGAUGCGGUCAGCCAGGAGAGGCAGCGCCAGAACUUCCGUCACUUCCGUUACCAGGAGGCUGAAGGGCCCCGUGAGGCUUGUGCCCGGCUGCGGGGUCUCUGCCAUCGCUGGCUGGAGCCGGAGAGCCGCACCAAAGAACAGAUUGUGGAGCUCUUGGUCCUAGAACAGUUCUUGACCAUCCUGCCAGAGGAAAUGCAGGACUGGGUUCAGGAGUAUCGUCCAAAGACCUGUAUCCAGGCAGUGACCCUGGCAGAGCAUUUCCUGCUGAAGCAGCAAGAGGGAGAAAGGUGGGAUCAGCAGGUGUUGGGGCCAUUUGUCUUUGAGGAAGCUGUGAAUUUCUCAGAAACUGAGCAAGUGCCAAUGGACACCAGACAGAUGGUAAUCUGCAGAGAUGCCAAGGAAGAGCUUCACGAGAACCACUCUUCUCUAGGAGAUGAGAACCAGUCCAAAAACGAGGAAGAGUUCAUCGUGCAAGAAAGUGCCAAGAGGCAAAAAAGCCAUCUGCUUCCCAGCCUCCAGCCUGCCCACUUUCCCCCGCAAAACCCCGAUGGACAGCUAGUCGCCAACAAGCAAUCUGCUCACAAACAAGACGCACUUUUCCCCUGCCCUGAAUGCGGGAAGAACUUCUCUCGUAAGUCCACCCUCACCAGACACCGGCGGGUGCACACAGGCGUCAAGCCCCACCAGUGCAUCGAAUGCGGCAAAAGAUUCUUGCACAAGUUUAACCUGGUGAACCACAUGCGAACCCACGUGCGAGAGGAGUCGAGCCGUUGUACGUUGUGUGGAAAAAAUGCCAAGAGGAAUUCAGGCCCCGGAGGUCAAGAGAGGAAAGCGGGGUGUUGCGAAUGCACAGAAAGUUUUGGGCCGCCGUACAAUACGGAGCAGAUAAUGCCUGAAGCUGGGGAAUCCUUCAGUUGACUUAAAUACUGAGGAUAGAGAAGAGGGAAAUUUGGAAGACUUGAAAGUAGAGAGAGGAGUUUUAGGAAAUGCUCAGCCCCAUGGGGAAUGUACCUCUCUACCCUGGAACUUCCUAGAAGCUGGAAUCACAUUUGGAGAACGAAGCAGUUAUCUUAGGUGCAAUCGAAGCAAAUAAUGCCUUCCACAGCUCUUUUUUGGUUAAUUAUUUUAUUUGUAUUUUUGUUUGUUAAUGUCUAGAAGCAUCUAGAGGUGCAUAAAGGGCAAGAAAAUUUCUGCAGGAAUAAUAGAAUACCAAAUUUCAAAGAACAUCUGAUCGCAAGCACUUCUGGCCUUAACGAAAUAUUUUUCCUUGUGUGAAUAUAAGAUAAAGCCACCUUGAUUAGAUACUCUUAAGAAAACAGUAUGGUGGAUGGAUGUUAUCCAGUUGUAUGUUAGUUAUUCAUUAUGUGGUCAGAGGGCUUAUCUACACUGACACAUAAUGCAGCUUGAAACUGCAUUGUGUGGUCAGUGUAGACUCAUAAUGCAGUUCAGUGCAAUUAAACUGCAUUAUAUGAGUCCGAACUCACUAUAUGUCAAUAUAGAUGACACCAGAAUUUGGGGCAGGCCUCCAGGUUAUUCAAGGAUGGAGAAAAUGCAUAUUUCCCGAUGUUGGACUACAAUUCCCAUCUUCUCAAUGAGGAGAUGUCAGGAAAUUCAAGAAAUUCUAGAUGGACACAUGUUUCUAACCCUUUGAGAGAAUGUCACCUCAAAGGCCUUCAAUCCAGUGCCUCUUUAUCGAGUCAUGUUCAAUGUUGUGAUAGAGAUGAGAACUCAUCCACUGUCUGUCAAGUUUUCUUUAUGUUUCUUUUCUUUAAAAGUGCCUCAAUAAGAGGUGAAAGAAAUCACAAGAAUAUUUGUUGUCCAUGUCUACUUUUCUGUUACGGUUGUUUGGGUGAGGAGUCCAUGGUCUACUCAAACUCUAAACCAUUUGUUGUGAUGUGGAACAAUAAAUGUAUUUUUCCCAACUAGAGCCUGGAUAAAAAUCCAAAGGUCUGUCUAGCUAGUUCCACAGACCCAAAGGGACUUUGGAGUUGGGUCUAUACUGUUUUGAGAGUAAUGACUACUUUAAAAAAGUUUUUGUUAAUAAGAAAUAGGAGCUCUGGGUCAAAAUUCCCAUUGGGUUAUGUUUAAAAAAGCUCUUUGCAUGUCUGCCUGGUUUGUUGUACAUGCCUGUCAAACACAUUUCAAGUAUUUCAAAGACUUCUAACACUACCCGUUUUCUAACCCCUGUAACAUUGUUCCUAUACCAAAAUUGCAUGUUUGGGAUUUUGCAACGGUUAUAGCUGCAUAUGUAAAUUUUAGAUUUUUUUCUUUAAAAAAAACCAGGAAAAGAAAUGUUUUUGUAAUUUUUUAUUAAAGCUUUAUUUUUUGUAGUUUGCACAUUAAAACAAAGUCUAAUGUUGUAAUAAGAA